GGACAUUCGCUUUUCGUCCUCUCAUUUUCGUAAACAACACCCGCGCCACGAGAAGGCAAUGAGUAGGACUUCCCUGACAGAGGCUUUAUACGCGUGGCCGUGUGAGAUUAUUUCGAGAGGGAGGGCGAGUCCAUCCCACUCUCAGCCAUACCAGCUUUUGGGUUGCAAUGAAUAUUUACUGUACAAAGGAUGGAAUCCAAGAAAAUGACUUCGUGUGCAUAAAUUUUAUUACUCAGUUCUGGUGCAUAUUCCUUCUGAUAUACUUAGUAAGUGGAGAUACACAAAUUUUGAAAGCUUCAUUGACAAUACUAUCCAUAAUGUCGAAUACUAAGCUUUUAUAGAUUUUAUGUUGUGUCCACUGAAUCAGUGUAUUGACAUUUUCAUGUAUUUAAUUGUUUCUUUUUCUGGUCACACAACAAUAUUCUAGAUGGUAACGAUGACGUUACUGAAUUUUUUAUGUAGCUGUUUCCACAAAAGCAAUUAAAUUCAUAAACACAUGUACAAGUCGAAGGAUUCAGGUCAUCUUUUACUUUUAUCGCGAGUGCACUAUGAGUGGUAAAAUAUAUACAUACUGUUGAUGAAAAGAAUAGUUUGUUAGUAAUAUUGAUUUUUUUGUUCCUGAUAGUUUAGUAGCCGCAACUCUUUAGAAAGUAAUUUUCAGCGUUUUUACUUCUUGAGACUAACUCGAUCAUAAAAUGCCUCAUGGAUUGCUUUGGAUAUUAUUUGCCAUCACGUUAGUUCAAAUGAUAAAAACAACAUUUAAGUACUAAGAUAUUCAUUUUUAGUGCAACGUAAAAAUUGGUGCAUUUGGCACAUUAAAAUUUAUUUGAGUUAAAUUGGUGCAAGUCUGCAUCAGAAUUUUAUCUUUGAUGGAACGUUCUCUAAAUUUGGGUCAUUAUUAUUUGAGGUUGCUCCAGUACUCGUAAUGUUUUUUUCGUGAGUGAAUGUUAAUUAUCUACAUAAACUGUAAAAACCCCAAUAUCAAAUGGUUUUUAAAUUGCCUUGAUUUUGUAAUUAUUUAUUCUUCCAAUAAUUAUUUGUUUAACAGCUAAAAUUAAUCUCUAUUCAUGAUGUUAAUAUUAUUUGGUUUUCUUAAAUAUAUUUGCACAUAACUUUACUUCCGCAUUUUAGCAUGGUCCCAUCAAAAAAUGACAUAAAGUUCACAUGGCUUGCAGCUUGUUUUGUCAGUUUAUAUGGUCUAGGAUCAUGGAUUGUUGUUAAUGGAUUGUGGGUUGAACUACCGUUAUUGAUCAAUGUUCUACCAGAAGGUUGGAGUUUGCCUGCUUACCUGAUAAUCAUUAUACAAAUAGCAAAUGUGGGACCAAUGAUCUAUGUUCCGUUGACAAAAUUUUUCAAAGCUAAAACAAAUGGAUUUUGUUCACGUUGUUUACAACCACCUGAAAGGAUAGCCAACUAUUUAAUACUCGCCGUCGGUCUAAUAUCAUGCAUAUUGAUUUCGCAGUUUUGGAACUCGGUAGCUUAUGUAUCAAUAUUAAAACCCGGUUACCAUAGUAUUGGAUUAUUUGUUUUAGCUUUGUUUGCUUCAAUUGUUGAUUGUACAUCAUCGGUUACAUUUAUUACCUAUUUGAAUGGAAUGCCUCAAUUGUAUGUAGGUGCAUUACAUUUCGGUGAAGCAUUUAGUGAUUUAGUUCCAAGUAUAUUAGCCCUUAUUCAAGGAGUUGGGUCAGAACCGGAAUGUAUCAAUAAAACAGUUAAUGAUACACUUCAUGUGGUCCCUUUUUAUCCACCACCACGUUUCUCUGUCAGUACAUUCAUAUAUCUAUUAUGUAUUGUUUUGUUGUUAUCUUUAACUGCAUUCACAUUAUUGGAUUGUUCACCUAUUGGUUUAGGUCAAGUUAUUCAUGAACAUUAUCGAAAAACUAAUUUCAUAUUAGAAUCUAAUGCAAAUAUUCAUAGCAUAAGUCACAAUAAUCUAGAAAGAUUUAAAUCAAAUGAAGAUCAACAUAUUUCUAAUGAUAUUUUCGAAAACAUUCAAAAUGUUGAUGUUUCUGUGUUGAAUCAUAAUGAACAAGCUCUACAGUCUCAUAAUGAUGUUAAUAUUACAAAACAGCUUGGACCAAACACAUUUUUAUCAUGUUUACUUAUCAUUUACAUUAGUGCAUCAAAUUAUGGAUUUCUACCAGCCAUACAAUCUUAUUCAUGUGCUGCGUAUGGCUCGCUUACAUAUCAUUUAGCAGUUACACUGUCAGGAUCAUUCUCUGCUGCAAUGACAGUGUUAACUACAUUUCUUGUCAAUCAUUAUUCUAGGGAAAUAGAUAGUACUGAUGAAUCAACAUUCGAAAAUUUACAAACUAUGAACCAUGAAUUAAGUGAACAGAAUCAAAUUUGUUACAUACAAAAACCUGACAUAAUUAUGCAUAAUGCAUAUACGCGUUCACUUCAAAAUAAAUGGAUUAGUAUUUCACUCAUCUCUUUGAUACCUGUUGCUUACGUUAUAUAUUUGGCGAGUUCAAGUCCCAAUCCACCAUAUUUGGGUGGUUUCGGUUCUGCCAGUGCUAUCCUAGCUUGGAUUGCGAUACGCUGUUUAUUUGCCAGUUUGCGCACAUGGAUAUGGAUGAGUUUGUCUAGCCAUUCCCAUAGACCAACGCGACUCAGAUUAGCUGGGUUAUCUACACAAUUCGGAGCAGCACUCGGUGCAAUUUUAGGCUUCAUAUUAGUUGUUUAUUUUCAGCUAUUUAAAAAUAAACUACCUUGUCUUCAAGUGUAA